AUGAUGGAUUCCAAGAUCCGCGAGACGUUGGAGGAGAUGGCCGCGGAGUGCUCCGACGGCGGCGACGGCCGCCCGGGCGCCUGUCCCCUGGGGCAGACGGUGGACGAUCGCUCCGAGAAGGACGGCGCUGGGACGGAGGCCAUCGUGGCGGGCCAGGCCUGUGGUUCGCUAAUGGCGGUCACCGCCACGGAGAAGUCCAGCACGGUCUUUGUCUAUGACAUCUCCCACAUCGACUCUCCCAGCCUUCUCUUCGUCAAGCACCUCUCCCCCGCCUCUGAAACGAAGAACCCGGGCGUCGCCUAUGCCGACCGGUCCUUGGGAGAGAUCGACCCGGAGGCGAUGAUUUUUCUGGAUGAUGCUCAUUCUCCUUCGGGAAAGGCGGGCGUGAUGUUCGGAGGAGCUUGGUCUGGAACCAUGUCCUUCUGGGAGUUCGAAUGUCCAUCUACCAGCGAGAGCAGUGGCGCGUCUGGAGCAUCUUUGGUGGCCUUCUUGGCCCUCGUCAUUUCGGAUGGCACUUUAUGGUUCUUCACCUCUUCGAAAAGCGCGAAGAUCCCCUUCCCUUUUCCAUAUCAGAACUUCGUUGAGGUGAUGCUUUGGCUCUUCACCUUGAUGACUCCUAUGGUCAUCAACGGCAUCGUCUUCGAACAGUUCUCCAGGAGCUUUGGCACCUUUUGCGUGGUGAUGGUGUACCACGCCGUGAAGAACACCGGCGACGUCUUGGAGGAUCCAUACCUCCCCUACGACCCGAAUGAUCUUCCCUUGGUCUCGCUCCAAGUGUCGCUGAACACCCGGUUGUUGGCUUUUGGAGUGAUACCAACGGAAGAGCCUGAAGAAGAAGGCGAACAUCCACAGAAGGUCGCGGAGAAGGCAGAUGUCAUCCAGGCUUUGCCGGCCGACGACCUGGCCGUGACCGCCGUCCAGUUCGAGGUCCUGGUCACCGAGAUCAGCAGCAGCGCAGCGUUCGUGGUGUCAGAUGCCCUGCAUGGCUGGCUGGCCGAGAGCCGCCUACGAGCACUUCCAAAGCGAAGCAUCGCAGGACUCUGUUCGUCUUGCCGGAAGCCUUUGCCGCAGGAGGCCUUCACCCGCGGUGCGCGAAGGAGAUUGAGGUCUGGAGCAGCUGCCGCCUGCGAGGCGUGCAACAAAGAAGCGAGGAGACAAGGAGCUUUUGGCCUCGAUUCUCUUGGAAGCUCGUGGCUGCCCGCCAUUUGCACGCUUGUGGGCGGCUCAUUGGUGAGCGUCUAUUUGCGACCUUCCAUGCCAUUGUCUUUGGCAAUUGGGUCGAUGUUGGCGGCGUUUUGCCUGAAGAGCUGGCUUUUUGGAUGGCUGGGUCUCGGCCGAGAGCCCUCCUUGGAGACCAAAGCGCUGCGCUUGGUGGGAGAAGGAUCCACCGCGUGGUCUCGCUGCGUCGACGAUGUGGGGGGACCGAAGGCAUGGGUGCGGAGCUUCGCCCACCUGCGUCGUGGAGCCUUCACCACGGAGCAGCUCCAAAGGUGGUGGGACGCUGCGCUGAACGAGACCCAUUGGCGACAGCCCAUGCUUCCCAAUGGUCGCUUGUUGCCCCGUUCGGCCGCAUGGUUCGUGCAGCCGGGAUGCUCUUGUUCCUACGAGUACAACGGAACCGCAUGGCCGGCCGUGGAGGUACCCAAGUGGCUUCAGGAGGUGGAAGAUGCUGUUUGGCAUCUCCUCAGCGAUGAAGGCCUCGUGCGGCCCAACAGUUGCGUGGCCAACCUCUACGCGGACGGCUCGCAGUCCGUGGAUUGGCAUGCUGACAAUGAGCCACUUUUCCAAGGGCUGCUGGAGGAUUGUCGGAUCGUGAGCUUGUCCCUCGGCGAGACCCGCCGCUUCGACUUGCGGCGGCGACGCGGAAGGGGCAAUCCAUAUCAGCACGUGGAUCGACUAUCCAUUGAUUUACACAAUGGAGACCUUAUCACCAUGGAGGGGUGUUUUCAGAAGCACUGGUACCACCGUGUUCCCAAAGCCGCCGGGGUGACGAGGCCUCGCAUCAACUUGACGUGGCGGAGCAUCACUCGCCACGAGGCGACCUGCCCGUAUUCUACGGCGCAUCUUCUGCAAAAAAUGGCCCACUUUGCAUGCUGUCGACCUGGGCGAAACAUCCCAACUGAUUGGCGGGAUUUUCAAGAGCACUCCUUCGAGAAGUUCCUUCGCACCAUGCAAGGCCUCUCGUCGGGGCCCAACCGUCGAGGCUGCGGACGGAGGCUCGACUUUUUCGAGUCAACUCCGCCAUUGGCGUCACUGGUCGCGUAUGAAACUUUGGCCGUCACUAUUCCCACCAGCCGCGCUCAGAGCGUGCCGCAGCGCUGCGCCCCUCCCAGCGCAGCAGGUAUACCUCCUUUUCGGAUGGCGUAG